CAUGUUGUCUGGUGAAGACUUCAUGCUGAUUCCUCCCCAACUGGUGAUAACUGAGUCAUUACCUCCUCCCCUAGUUAGCUUGAUGGUUUUGUUUAUCUUUUGAAUAAAUGCACCUUCAUUGGCUCUGUCUGACGGCCAGGCUGGUCAGACAACAAAUACACUGGUCCAUUAGGGCAGAGUAGGCUUAUGCAUUGCUUGCCAAGCACAUAACUCUAGCACAUAUUCAUAACUUUCUAUGCACCCAGUACCUAUACCAUCUAAGAAUGUUAAUGAUCAGUGAGUUAUUAGUUUUGCACUGAUAUCUUACACAAUAUCUUUUAGAUACAGAUUAUGGUAACAGUGUGUUAGGUGUAGUAAGUAUGUCAAGCUUGACAAGAGCUGCUGCAAAGAGUACUGAACUACCAGAUGGCCUCUGUCGCAACCUACUAGGUCAUGGGCUGGUGGUUAGAACAAGGGCUUAUUAGCUAGAAUUGUAUCCGAGGCUCUUGCACACUGGGGUUCAAUAGAGCUGCAGAUACCCAGCCAUUAAAAAUCAGACCACUUUGCCUAACUUUAGGCACCUAGGUUUCAACUUUCAGAGGUAAUUCAAUACCAAAAAUUUACAGAAGUUCAUGGAAAUAUUUGGAAGGCUUUAAAUAAACUUUUGCUGUAGAUAUCUUUGUAAAAUAUAAUCAAAACUCUUUGGGUAUAAUUGGAUUAGCAAAAUGGGACAAAAUAGAACUCUUUCUUCAAAGUAAGACCCAACAAGACCAGUCUUGUCAAGACCGCGUAAUAUUUUGGGAGUCUCAGUCACAUGCUACAUCCCUGUGAAAGCAAUGUGUCUUGUCACACACAUUAACUAUCAUUCUGUUUUUAGAUUGAUCCCCUUAUUGGUACUGUUGGGUUUGGCUCUGGUUUACAUGGCUGGGCAUUUACUUUGAAGCAGUUUGCUGAGAUGUAUGUGGCCAAAUUUGCUGCCAAAGAUGAAAAAGCAUCACUCCCUCCAGCCGAACAUUCAAAGAAAGUAGAAGAUAUGAUGAAAAAGCUUUGGGGAGACAAAUAUUUUGAUCCAGCGACUGGAAAAUUCAGCAAAUCAGCCACCAGUCCAGAUGGAAAAAAAUUGCCACGGACAUUCUGCCAGCUCGUUCUGGAUCCCAUCUUUAAGAUCUUUGAUGCUGUUAUGAACUUUAACAAGGAAGAGACAGCCAAGCUGAUAGAGAAACUUAACAUCAAGCUAGAUGUUGAAGAUCGAGACAAAGAAGGCAAACCACUUCUGAAGGCUGUGAUGCGCCACUGGCUGCCAGCUGGAGAUGCCUUGCUUCAGAUGAUCACCAUGCACCUUCCUUCUCCUGUAACGGCACAGAAAUAUCGUUGUGAGCUUCUGUAUGAGGGGCCACCUGACGAUGAAGCUGCUAUGGGUGUCAAAAACUGUGAUCCCAAGGGCCCUUUGAUGAUGUACAUCUCCAAAAUGGUCCCCACAUCUGAUAAGGGACGUUUCUAUGCCUUUGGAAGAGUCUUCUCUGGUAUUGUUUCCACUGGACAGAAAGUUCGAAUCAUGGGACCAAACUACACACUUGGCAAGAAGGAAGAUCUCUACCUAAAAUCUAUUCAGAGAACCAUUUUGAUGAUGGGUCGUUAUGUUGAGCCCAUUGAGGAAGUACCUUGUGGCAACACUGUUGGUCUAGUUGGUGUUGACCAGUUUUUGGUGAAGACGGGUACAAUUACCACCUUUGAGCAUGCACACAACAUGCGAGUGAUGAAAUUUAGUGUUAGCCCUGUUGUACGUGUUGCUGUUGAAGCUAAAAAUCCUGCUGAUCUACCAAAACUAGUUGAAGGUCUAAAGCGUCUGGCCAAGUCUGAUCCCAUGGUUCAGUGUACUGUUGAAGAGUCGGGUGAGCACAUCAUUGCUGGAGCUGGUGAGCUGCAUCUAGAAAUUUGCCUUAAAGAUCUGGAAGAAGAUCAUGCUUGCAUUCCAAUCAAGAAAUCAGACCCAGUUGUAUCUUAUCGUGAAACAGUCAGUGAAGAGUCGAGCCAGAUGUGCUUGUCUAAAUCUGCCAAUAAACACAACAGGCUGUAUAUGAAAGCUCGACCUUUCCCUGAUGGGUUGGCAGAGGACAUAGACAAAGGAGAAGUCAGUUCCCGUCAAGAACCGAAGCAGCGUGCCCAUUACCUGGCAGAGAAAUAUGAGUGGGAUGUGUCUGAAGUUCGUAAGAUCUGGUGCUUUGGACCUGAUGGAACUGGUCCAAAUAUCUUGGUUGACAUCACCAAGGGUGUCCAGUACCUAAAUGAAAUCAAAGACAGUGUUGUUGCUGCCUUCCAGUGGGCAACAAAGGAAGGUGUGUUGUGUGGGGAGAACAUGAGAGCUGUUCGUUUUGAUAUCCAUGAUGUUACUCUGCAUGCUGAUGCAGUCCACCGUGGUGGUUCGCAAAUAAUUCCCACUGCCAGGAGUGUCCUGUAUGCCUCUGCUCUUACAGCACAACCCAGACUUAUGGAGCCCAUCUAUCUCCUGGAGAUCCAGUGCCCCGAACAAGUGGUUGGUGGUAUCUAUGGUGUGUUGAACAGGAAACGAGGCCAUGUCUUUGACGAAUUCCAAGUGGCAGGAACCCCAAUGUUUGUGGUCAAGGCUUAUCUACCUGUAAAUGAGUCUUUUGGUUUCACUGCUGACUUGAGGUCCAACACUGGUGGUCAAGCUUUCCCGCAAUGUAUCUUUGAUCAUUGGCAAAUUUUGCCUGGAGAUCCUUAUGAUGCAACUUCUCGUCUUUGGCAAGUUGUGGCUGAAAUACGCAAGCGCAAAGGCUUGAAGGAGGGUAUUCCACCUCUGGACGACUUCUUAGAUAAGUUGUAACCACCUUCUCUGCUUAUGUUCCACUUCCUCAAAACCAGGAAGUUUUGAGAACAUCACAUUGAAUACAAACCAUCAUGCAUAUUGCAGUUAUACCAUGUUCAUUGCCAAAAAAUAAAAUCUAUUAAAAAAAAGUUA